CCCAUAAAUUUGUGUUCUUUACUAUCUCUUUCUACCAUUAUUUAUUUUGUCACACAUUCAAUCUCUUUUCAGCCUCACAGUGUUUCCUUUGACAUGGAGUGACCAAAAUGGUGUGCAGUUUUAGAGUUGUCUUAUUAAUUUUGUAUCUUUGUGCAUUGUUUUAUUCUGUUUCAUAAUGAUGCCUAAAACUCUGUUUGCACUUUUAACCACUGUUUAGCAUUGACCAAAAUUCUGAGCACUCUCCAGAGUGACUCAGCUUUUCUGAGAAAAGAUUAAUGGUUUAGCAUCUGUCAUUAUGUACCUAAUAUGGUGUUUUUUCCCCUGUGAUUUAACAACAUUUAAUUUUGCAGGCUGUUUACUACAUACAGAGGAGAGAUCCUUGUACAACUUUCUAUAGCAGGCUUUCACAAACCAGACUAUUUGUAUCACUGGCUGUGGAAAAUUGCCAGGCUUGCUGCAGAGAAUUGUCAAGGCUGGUUGAGCCAACGUGAGCUGAGACGCUUGUCUUGCACCUGGCUAGAGCAAGGCUUAACAGCUCAGUGUGUGGGGUGAAGCAGAGGUCUCCCAGCCCAAUGUUGUCUCAGUGAAGCAAGAAGAGCACUUGGCACCUCUGUACAGGGAUGUUGACCCUGAGAUGUGAAUCUCCCUCACCCAGGUGUAACAGGGCACGUUAAAAGUGUGCAUAUGGUCCUUUGAGGAGACAAUGGUGUAUGGUUUUAACAGGUUGAUGGAAGCAGACUACUGGGCAGAGAUCAGACAGCCUUUACUGCUGCUUUGACUUUUUUGAAGCAAUGCUGAAGUGUCAAGGUUCUAUUCUACCUUUGAUUCAUCUGUAAGUCCCAUAACUCAGCUUGCCCAAAGGUCAAAAAGCCCCUCAUCAUUCUUCCUUUGCACGUGAAAAAAUACACCCAUCAAUAUGAAAAUGAGAAAGGGGCUUCCCCCCUACCUAUGAUAGCAGCAACAUUUGACCAAUUAUAUUUGACUACAGUCCACCCCCAUUCACCCAAGAAUAUAACACUGACAUUUGGAAUCUUCCAUGUAGAGGAUGAAAAUAUGACCCCAGGUCACUGACAAGUUGUUGGGUUUCCUCCUCUCUCCACCCCAAAACAGGUAGGGCUUUUUUUUUAAGAUUUGUGAUUCUGACUGUGUCAGGACAUACUCUGGUGAAAUCAAGCUGAUUAACUGAAGUUAAGUUUAGUGAAAAGCUUAUUUUGUUACUUUAGCUUGAAUUGGUAAUUUAGCUUAACUAAUUGCCAGCUUGCCUUGAUAUAUUUAUCAUUAAUGCAAUAAGUGCAUUUAUCAAUGGCUAUUCCAAAUCUUUAUUUCUGUUGCUCAGAUAAACUAUACCAGUCAUGAAUUUGUGAUUGUGAAAGUUCUUAUUGAAUGUGACUGGACUUAGAGGGCCAAAUUGGUUAUAAUCAGAAAUUCAGCGUAGCUGCACCCAACCCUUCUGAUCUCUGAGGACUAGCUGAAAUGCAAGGGUGUUUAUUUUCUCCCAGAUUGCAUGCUCUAAUACAGCACUGGCUCUUCUCCUUAUUAUUUCUUGCCAUUUUUAGGUUACUUGUGAAUUUUUUCAAUAGGUGACCACCUUGUUCAGAAACAGAAGUUGGAUAUGCUAUGCUCAGUUUGAUUCACUACGGUAAAUAUCAGGUGAAUAUAUUUUAGACAUGUGAUGAUUAAUAUUUUGAAGAGUUGGGGAGAUCUAGAACUUAGAGGCAAGGAGCAAAGUGACAAGAAGCCAAGGAAGGACAGGGCUGGAAGAGGAACAGAGAAAACAGGAGAACAGCAGUGGGAAAACUCAUGAGUCAAGAUAAAGGCAAGGAAAUCAUUCACCAGUUACUGUUGACAAAACAGACUCCAGCUGGGGAUUAAAGCUUAACUUCACUCCAGACCCCUCCCCUCUUGUUACUGGUGGAAGUUACAUGUAGUACUUUAAGAGAGGGAGAUGUAUGAUGAAGGAAUUAGAGAGAGGCGUGACAAUCUUUGGCUGGCUCAGAUUCAAUAUACAGUGGGUCCAUUGUUGCGUCGGCUGUUUUUGACACAAGGGUGAGCAAGAUAUUGGAUGCUUGAAAAACCUUUUCCUUCAUGAAUGAACUUCAUUACUGUACUAAUGACAUCUGACUGAAUUUUGGAGAUAGCUUUGUGGACAUGAGCUUAUUUCAAAGACUUCAGAAGGAAUAAUGUCAGCAUGUAGAAGUUGAAGUAAUCUAACUGGAGUACUUCUGUAGGAAGGUUUUCAGAAUGGAUGCCUGGAAACCACUUCUUCUUCUCUACAUUUUCACCUUCUCUGCAGAGUCAGAGGAAACUGAAUGCAUCAUAGAUCUUUCUAUAGCAAUUGAUAUUUCAAGGAGCAUGCAGCCAUCAUCCACAAUGCUUCUGAAACAGAGACUGCAAGCAUUCCUCCCCAGACUUCUACUCCAGAUGAAAUCACUGCCAAAUACCAGCUGUAAUGCUCCAGUUGACAUUGGGUUUAAGUUCCAAGUAUUGGCACAGAACAAACAAUUAAUCUUUGACUCUGGUUUUGAAGACUAUAAUGAAGAGAUCAUCCAGAAGUUCUUAGAUACGCAGAGCACUGUGGACACCUACAUGAAUGCAGACUUUUUGCAGGCACUUGAGGAGAACUUCUUUAAUGCGACCUCUGCUAAAGUUAAGGUUCUGUUAGUAUUUUCAGAUGGACUGGAUGAUUCACCGGAAGACCUGAAGAAAGCAGCAGACUCACUUCGCUUUAAAGGUCUUGAUGCACUUCUAUUAGUUGGCCUGGACAAUACACAGAACUUGACUGAAUUUUGGGAAAUAGAGUUUGGCAGAGGGUUUGGAUACAAUGAACCUCUGAGUGUUGGGUUUGAAGAUAUUGCAAACAUCUUGCAGAGAAACCUUGAUACUGUUGCAGAAAGAAAAUGCUGUAAGGUUAUUUGUAAGUGUCUUGGAGAAAGUGGUGAUCAUGGUGUCCGGGGAAAUCCUGGAAGGAAGGGAAGUUCAGGUUACAGAGGGUCUCCUGGCCAUCCUGGUGAGGAAGGUGGGAUUGGGGAGAGAGGCCCAGCUGGUUUCAGUGGGACUCAAGGAGACAGGGGAUGUCCAGGUGCCAGAGGCCAUAAGGGGGCCAGAGGCUAUAGAGGAACCCAGGGUGAACAUGGUGAGAGUGGAUUUGAUGGUACUAAUGGAGAGCAGGGAGAACGUGGACUUCCUGGACCUUCUGGAGAGAAAGGCAGCAGAGGAAAAUGGGGCAGAAAAGGCCGCAGAGGAGAACCAGGUGAACGAGGAGAAUCUGGUCUAAGAGGAGAUCAUGGAGAUCCUGGGGCUAACAAUAAUGUUAGUGGCCCUAAGGGUGAAAAGGGAAGCCUAGCACCACAGGGAGACCCAGGCCCAUGUGGACUCCAAGGAGAGCAGGGUUAUGCUGGCCUAGAUGGUGCAGCAGGUCGAAGAGGCCCUCCAGGUAUAAAGGGUGAGAAAGGACAUCUGGGAGAAACAGGUUACACAGGAGAAACUGGUCUUCCAGGCCCACAGGGGCCAAGGGGACCACAAGGGAUCAAAGGACCUCCAGGACCACAAGGCAUGCCAGGACCUCUGGGUAGUCUGGGGACACCUGGUUCACCUGGCUCUGUUGGAAAGUUAGGUGCAAGAGGAGCAAAGGGUGAACCUGGUGACCCUGGAGAGAAGGGCUUAGCUGGACCACCUGGACAGAGAGGCAUUCCUGGCAUGGAUGGCAGAGACGCCUAUGGUCCUGAAGGAAGCAAAGGAGCAAAGGGAGAAUCUGGAUUCAUAGGACAUCCUGGUCCAGAGGGAGAAGAAGGAGAUCAGGGCAUUCCAGGAGGGGAAGGACCCAAAGGAAUUAGGGGUAGAAGAGGUAAUACUGGAGCACCAGGUUCCCUGGGAGAUCCAGGUGACCAAGGACCAUCAGGACCUAUGGGUGCCAAGGGACCAGUGGGCACCAUUUUAAUGGAACCUUGUGAACUUGUGAAUUUCACCCGAAAAAACUGCCCAUGCUCAUCAGAAACAUGCCCAGCUUAUCCAACUGAAGUGGUUUUUGCCUUGGAUAUGUCUGACGAUGUUACACCAGCUGCAUUUGAAAGAAUGAGGAACAUUGUUAUGUUAUUGCUGAAGACCAUUAAGAUCAGUGAAAGCAAUUGCCCAACAGGAGCUCGUGUCUCAGUUAUUUCUUUCAAUACCAACAUGCACUACCUCAUUCGAUUCUCUGAAUUUCAAAAAAACAACUUGCUGCUACAAGCAGUCCAGAGAAUCCCGCUAGAGAGAUCCAGUGGAAAACGAAAUAUUGGGGCAGCCAUGAGAUUUGUUGCAAGAAAUGUCUUCAAACGUGUUCGUCAGGGCAUCCUCACAAGAAAAGUUGCCCUAUUUUUUGCCAAUGGUCCAUCGCAGGAUGAUGUUGCCAUCAGUACUGCUGUGCUUGAGUUGAGUGCCUUGGAUAUCACUCCAGUGGUUAUUGCCUUCAGUGAAGUGCCAAAUGUCAGACGUGCCUUCUCUAUUGAUGACACAAGAAGAUUUCAAUUAUUUGUCUGGGAAAGUCAACAGGAUGAAAAUUUGGAGGGCAUCACAUAUUGUACUCUUUGCUUUGAUAAAUGCAACCCAAGAACCAACUGUGAGGUGCCUUUUUCUCCCCUGGUUCAGAUGGAUAUGGAUAUAACAUACAUCAUGGAGAGCUCUCGCAGCAUUAGCAGUGAAGAAUUUCAGAGAGCCAAAGACUUUGUGAGCAACAUGUUGGAUCAGUUUGUCAUUUCCUCACAGCCAAAUGAGUCAUACGGAGGCAUCAGAGUGGCAUUGGUGCAGCAGGCUCCCAGGGGCUUCCUGCCUGACAGAAACCAGACACCUGUGGCCUUGGAGUUUGACCUAGUCACAUACAGCAAUAAAGAUUUGAUGAAGAAACACAUCCAAGAGUCUGUUCACCAGCUGGAAGGGCCAUCAGCCAUUGCUUCUGCUCUACAGUGGACAGUUGAAAACGUAUUCUUUAAAGCCCCCAGACAAAGAAAACACAGGGUGAUAUUUACAAUAGUCGGAAGCAAAACAAGCACGUGGGACAGAGAAAGGCUGAGAGAGAUUUCACUAGGAGCCAAGUGCCAAGGAUUCACCUUGUUCACUCUUGCACUUGGCAGUGGUGUGAGUGACAGUCAGUUGAUGGAGCUGUCAAGCUCCCCCACAGACCAGCACUCACUGACACUGGGCAGGGUUUCCACACCGGAGAUGGUGUAUGCUCAGAGGUUUAUCCGGGCAUUCCUAAAUCUUCUACAACAAGAAAUUAACAGUUAUCCUUCACCUGAGCUACAAGAAGAAUGUGAAAACUUGGAUCAGGGAGACAUACAUCAGGAAGCACCCAUGAAUGAAAGGAUACCUUUUCCUGGAAUGUCUGAAAGUGGUUCCAAUCAAGUUUUAGAAGACAUGGGGAAAAAUGAAAGUAGAAUCAAGAAGAGUAUGAAAGAGAACACCAAAGAACCUCUAUCUACAAUGCCAGAAAUGAGAGAUGAUUAUGAGGAGGAUGAGUAUUUCACAGAGGAAAAUGCUAAAAGGAAAAAGCCUCAAGAGUGUGAAAAAGCUCAGGAGAAGAACAAGAAAAACUUAGAGACAACAGUAGAAACUAGUGGUGCCUGUAAUGAUUAUGAUGCAUGUGACCUUGUUCAAGAUAGUGGAGAAUGUCAGAAUUACAUUUUGAAGUGGUACUACGACAAAGAGCAGAAAAUGUGUGGUCAGUUCUGGUAUGGGGGCUGUGGAGGCAAUAAAAAUAGAUUUGAAACACAAGAAGAAUGUGGAUUCUUGUGUAUGGAGUCCUCCUAAUGCAGAGACACUUAAAUUGCUUUUACUCUUCAGUUAGACUAUCAGGUUGAUUUGGAAAAGGCAUUCAAAGAGGAAGCUUUACAUACCCACUCAGCUCCCAUAUUUCAGUUGAAAGAAAUGCUUGAUUAUAAAGUUAUUAUCUGGUAAUGUAAUUGUGCAAAUAAAAAUUAGGCUAUUUCUCCAUUGUUCUAACAUUUAUUGAGAAACUCUUGUUAGCCAACAGUGCAUUGUUUAAAAGGCAUAAAAGUAUUGAAACUUGACUUUCUUCCAUAAACACCAAAAUGUGUACUUUCUGAAUAUACUGCAGAAAACAAAGCAGUGCCUCAGAGAUUUACACAAAAUAAUAUCAGAUGCAAGACACUAACAUCAAAAUGUUUUGAUUUGUUUGCUUACAUUUAUCCUGCUAAUAGAAAAUACCAGAAUGCAUUUAGAUCUCAAAUGACAGAAUUCCUAGAACUUAAUUCACUUAAAGGAUUUAAAAGAUGUAUUACG